AUAUCUUAGGUCUUUUGCAGUUGACUGUCUGUAAGAUCUUUGCGUAAAAUGCUGUACAGAAACCUAGGUACGUCUGGCCUUCGUGUUUCCGUCAUCGGGUUUGGAACGUGGGCUACAUUCGGAAACCAAAUCAGCGACGAUUUGGCGGAAGAAUUACUCACGAUCGCGUACGAAAACGGAGUAAACUUUUUCGACACAGCAGAGGUUUACGCGGCGGGAAAAGCGGAGAUUUUACUUGGAAAUAUUUUAAAGAAAAAGAAAUGGCGGCGAUCGUCGUAUAUUAUAAGCACCAAGCUCUUCUGGGGUGGACGAGCUGAAACUGAGCGCGGUUUAUCACGUAAGCAUAUCAUUGAAGGGAUCAAUGGUUCACUGCAAAGGCUGCAAAUGAGCUAUGUUGAUAUUGUGUUUGCAAAUAAAUCUGACCCUACAACGUCUAUGGAGGAAAUUGUACGCGCGUUUACUCAAGUCAUUAGUGAUGGUAAAGCGAUGUAUUGGGGAACUUCAAGGUGGAGCUCUGUGGAAAUAUGUGAAGCAUUUUCAGUUGCAAGGCAAUAUAACUUGAUACCGCCUACAGUAGAACAAGCGGAGUAUCAUUUCUUCCAGAGAGAGAUGGUUGAAACACAGAUACCAUAUCUUCACCAACGGCUUGGUAUUGGUUCUAUAUCAUGGUCCCCACUUUCAUGUGGUGUCAUUAGUGGAAAAUACACCGAUGCCAUACCAUGCAUGUCAAGAGCUCAACUUAAGGGCUUCUCAUGGUUAAAGGAGAAGAUUAUAUCGGAAAGUGGGCGCAGGCAACAAGCAAAACUGAUGGAGUUGCAGAUCAUUGCUGACAGAUUUGGAUGCAGCUUGUCACAGCUUGCGAUCGCUUGGUGUUUAAGAUUCGAAGCCAACAAUGGCGUCCUCAUUGGCGCUACUUCGACCGAACAAUUAAUGGAAAACUUAAAAUCCAUUAAACUUAUUCCACAAAUAACCAACUUAGAAGUUUUAAAUGAAAUUGACAAUAUACUAGGGAAUUCUCCAAAGUAAAUAAAUAUUCAGAACUUUUAUAUUAUAAACAUUACAUUUUCUCAUUCAAUAUUAUGUUGCUAGCUCGAUGCAUCUAUGUAGUUUCUGUAAUAGGCCUACUCAUAUCUCUAGUUCUUAGUUAUAUGAACACUUUACACUUACAACUCUCCUUAACCAAAGCUUUUUUUAACAACACUAGGCCUAACUACCUAAUGUGGAAGCUUUGAUAAUUUCUUGUUGAGCAAAAUUGUAUGACAUGCUCAACUUUCAUACACUGUGUUACACAUAUCAUACUCAUUUUGUAAAUCUGUUUUUUACAUUUUAAUAUUCGAAUCUGAAAAAACAUGCAUUAACUUUAAAUAUAGUUUGAAAAUCAUUAAAUAACAAAAAGUUUAAUUAAACAGUGUCCUAAAAUAGGUUUUUAUAUUUUAACCAAGUCAGCGUUAUUUUAAUCAAUAGCUGUUCAUUUUUUAG